UCUCCACUGAUGGUUCUCUUCCUCCUCCUCCCCUAUCUCUGUUUCUAUCCAUUCUCUCUCACACACUGAUGAUAGUCAAAUAUUGUCUGCAGGAAGGCUCAGGAGCCAGAGAGUGUUCAGGGGGAUUGGGAGCGCCGUCUUGUGGUGACUCACCAGGGGCACUGGCACAGCUGAAUUUAUGGCACACAGCUGUUGAGGGGCUGACAGACUUGUGAAGAGCUCAGGCACCGCCGCUUCUCAAGCUCUUCAUACCAGCUCGAGCUCUGCUUACUGCAGCGUACAGGACCGAGGGCUGCUCUGUCUCGACACACAACUCCAGCAGAUGGUGCGGGAGCAGUAUGUCACCACGACCCAGGGCAGCAGCGCGCCCAGGCCGCUGCCCGACCACGUCUACAAGAUCGGCAUCUAUGGCUGGAGGAAGCGCUGCCUCUACCUGUUUGUCCUGCUGCUCCUCAUCAUCCUUGUGGUCAAUUUUGCUCUGACCAUCUGGAUCCUCAGGGUGAUGUGGUUCAACACGGAAGGGAUGGGACACCUACAAGUUCACUCAGAUGGGGUCAAGCUGGAGGAGGGCGAGUCUGAGUUUCUGUUUCCAGUCUACGCUCAGGAGAUCCACUCCAGAGAAGACUCUCCACUUGUAGUGCACUCAUCGGAAAAUGUGUCCCUUAAUGCCCGUAAUGAAAAUGGUGAUGUCACAGGGAGGAUAUCAGUGGGUCCAAAACAGGCUCAGGGACACAUUCGAAAUCUGCUCAUUAGCUCCAACAAUGGCAACAUGCUGUUUACUGCAGAUGGCGACCAGGCUGUGAUUGGACCAGACAAACUACGGGUCACAGGUCCUGAGGGGGCGCUGUUCCAGCACUCAGUGGAGACGCCCCAGCUGAGGUCGGAGCUCCUCAAAGACCUGAGGUUGGAGUCUCCCACUCGCUUUCUCAGUAUCGACGCACCUAAAGGAGUUCACAUCAAAGCUCUGGCCGGCAACAUUGAAGUCUCUUCCAACAUGGAUGUUAUUCUGCAGUCUAGUGAUGGACUGCUGGUGCUGGAUGCUGAGACGGUGCGCAUGCCGAGCCUACCCCUGAGCGAGGGAGGGGUUUCUGGAAACACUCAGAAUCUCUACGAGGUCUGCGUCUGUCCCAGCGGCAAGCUUUUCCUGUCCAAGGCUGAGGUCAUUUCCACAUGCAGUGAGAAUCAGGAGUGCUAGACACACUCUGAUAAGGUAACUGAUUUUCCAUUUUGGAGUAGAUGCAUCUUCUGGGAGGCAACAAGCACAAACUGUUUAUAUCCGGCCUAAGGUUUUUUAAGGUUUAUACCACAGAGAAUCUAAGAUUGAUCCCACUGGCACAUUGAGGCCUGCAAAAAGACAAAUGCCUGCUGGCAAACAUGUUGGAGAAGUCAUGCAAUGCAUCCUUUUAGCUGCAUUUAUGACGUUUUAACUAUUCAGCUGAAACUAAUUGGCACUCAGAACCAAAUGUAUCUUCGUCAGAGCCUUGUGGAGAACGUUUUACACACAGUAUCAUGGCUGGGCAAUGAGGAGCUGGAAACAGCUUACAUCCUAUGCAAUAUUAUCUUGUGGUGCAAUAAAAAAGAAAGAGACACAUAUCAAGGGCUUGGAAUGAUACAAAUAAAUAGUGACAGGAUGUUGAAAAUUAUUAUCAUGAUUAAUGUGUGGCUCCGAGCCCUUGGUAUGAUGUGUUUUUUUUUGUGUUUAGCAUGUGUUUAUUUAAUUGGAGAAAAUGUAAAGAAUGGCUGGUAUAUAUUUUGUCAUUGUCAUAGUUAUUUCAGAGAUUCAGAGAUGGCUUUAAUUAAUAUAAAACCUUUUUUCCAAAUUCAGAUGAAACUCUCAAUUUUGUCUCAUUUGCUUCUUGAGGUUGAGAUUAAAAUACCAAAUUCAUUUAGUGUAAAAUGUUAUUAGUGUGAUUUCACAUGUGUCAUUAUGUAUUGUUUUUUUUCCCAGUUUAUGAUUGUUCUGUUAUUUUUAAGCCCUUCAUGAGAAUGUAAUUAUGCAUUAGCCAUAACCCAGACCACUUUUUCCUAUUAAGUUGAUCUGUUUGUUCCAUAACCUCAUCUGUAACCAGGGACAAAUAAAACAACAAGCAAAAACAAAACAGUUCUAAUGUGUCAAAUAUGCAUUGGUUUUCUUUUUACAUUAAGGUCCACUUAAUCAAAAAGGGCAAUAUUUUGCAAUGAUACUUACAUUGAGUUUAGCAUUGAUUUAUAAGUCUGUUUUUAUCAUAUUGAACAUGGCGUUGUGUUCCCAGUCAGUGGUGAUGAGUGGUUAAUCUGCACCUCUAUUCUGGCAUAUUUUGAUAAAGUCUGUCAUGUGUAUUUAUUAAUUUUGAAUAAACUGUGCUAUUCUUCUACA